AUGAGUAACGCGCAAGCUUUGGGUUUAAAUAGAACAUAUUUCACGGUUUCCUAUUAUGGGCAUUACACGUGAGAGACUUGAAACAGUUAGUUAAGUGAAUGUAGAAUUAAUUCCGGUGUAUUUUGUACACUCUUACUUGGCUAGUUUUGUUAAAUUAGGGUCACGGUGUUUGUCCAGAAGCCACAGAGGAGUAUUGAGCGUCACUAGGUAGCCAUUUAAUGCACCUGCUGAUAUAUCCUGCAAAGUUUUCCAUGUAAGAUUUUUUUAUAAGCGAUAAACACAACAAAAUGUUAGGCAAAAGGAAGCAGUGUAACCAGUUCGUCGUUAUUUAAAAAAGCAAUUUCAAACCCGUAGUUCAAAGGCUAAGUUGACGUCAGAAUUUAUUGCUAAGUGUGAGGAAACAUGGCUGGACCAGAAUUGUUUCUAGACUCCAGUAUCCGAAUUUGGGUCGUCUUGCCUAUAGUAUUUAUAACGUUCCUUGUCGGAGUUAUUCGCCACUACGUUACUCAGCUGUUGCACAGUGACAAGAAGGUGGAACUGGAACAGGUGUCUGACAGCCAAGUCCUACUGCGGAGCCGCAUUUUGCGAGAGAAUGGAAAAUAUCUUCCUAAACAGAGUAAAAGGGAUCUUGAAGAAGGAAGGCUGUCACUCCAUUCUGCAACGCCAUGCCAUACCCUGUGGAUGGUGCUUAAUUGGAGCCAAUUUCAUCCUACAACAGGACAACAACCCAAACACAGCUCCAAAGCUUUUGCUAUGCGGAAACACUACUUUAACAAUGCAGAAAGUGGGUUCUUCAAAAAAGUUAAGCGGAAGGUAAUUCCAAAAAACCCAAUGACUGAUACCAGUAUGGUGACAGACAUGAUGAAAGGAAAUCUCACUAACGUGCUACCUAUGAUUUUGAUUGGUGGAUGGAUUAACUGGGCAUUUUCUGGCUUUGUUACCACUAAGGUUCCUUUCCCAUUGACUUUGAGAUUCAAACCCAUGCUUCAGCGUGGAAUAGAACUUCUGUCUCUUGAUGCUUCCUGGGUGAGUUCGGCUUCUUGGUAUUUCCUCAAUGUUUUUGGCCUCCGCAGCAUGUACAACCUCCUCUUAGGGCAUAACAAUGCAGCCGAUCAGUCGUCCAUCAUGCAGGACCACAUGACUGGAGCUGCAAUGCCUGUACCUCCUGAUCCCAACAAGGCCUUUAAGAGUGAAUGGGAGGCACUGGAGAUUGUUAAUCACCACUGGGCCCUGGAGAGUGUGGAGGAGGAGCUCAUAUGUCGGGACUUGAAUUUUGGUGGCAUGGUCAGUCGUGAACUAAAAACCACUAUGUUUUGACUAUGUAUUUUUAAAGAAGGUUGCAGGAAUUACGUUUCCUCGUCAAUGAAAUUUUGAUGAGCCACAUGAAAAAGGUCAUUACAAUGCAAAUUUUCCAUUAAGUAAAACUUAAAAAUGUAUUGCAUGCCUUUCCCCAAGAAGUAGAUUAGACCAUGUUUUCAAAUUAGGGUUUUAAUGUAUAGGGUUUGUAGGUGAUUAUACCGGAAAUUAUAGUUCCCGUUAACAUUAAACCACAGUAGGGAGAGUGUUUUGAGCUGUUGCGUAUUUGACUAAUUCUCUAUCACAAGUGUUGUUAAAAAUACAUCAGUAAAAAACAGGAUAUUUGACGCGAGUACCCUCAAUACAUGUCCUGUCAGCAGGAAUGUAAAGUGCUUUUGCUUGAAGGCUAGUUACAGUCCUUAAGGACUGAAUCAAGUUUGUGUUACACUACUGAUAACUAAGAAAGUGACCUAAAUGUAUUUAAGGCAUUUAGUGGAAGUGUGUGGUUCAAUGCCUGUUUGUAGCAAACAUACUGGAUUCAAGAGAUGCAAGUAACUGAAGAGCCAUACAGGAAUAUGUGUAAACUAAAAUUGGACAACUGCAUAUUCCUUUAUGCUAUGAAAGAUAUUUGAUAUUGCUUGUCAAAGAAUCUGUAAGAGUGCAAUAAAUUUGUUGAAAAAUA